GUUUACCGACUUAUAUUAGGCACACUUUCCAUAUAUUAAAGGAGAAUAUGAAAUUUGAUCAUUUUUUCGUGAAAAAGACUCGGUCGAGCACCUCACGCACUUAUUCUUUUGAAAUUAAAAACAAUACAAAAUUCAAUACAUUUAAAGCGCACAGAAAUGAAGUUGUUUCUCCUUCCGUAUUCUUUCCUCCAAGAUUACAUGUACUUAUUUUCUCUAUAAGAACAAUUUGUAAAGAAUAAUAAUAAUAACGAUAAGGCUAUAAAUUUUUAACCAAUAAAAACAAAAAGCACAAUGGAAAAUAUAAAGUUGUACCAAUUUUCUCCUUGUUUCUAAAAAACAACAUAGGAAGUAUGUUUCAAGGCAAAUUCGUUAGAAUCAAUUAAUACAGUUCAAGUCUUAGAAAUUUGUAAUAAAGUGGAAAAUACCACGCCCAGUGAAAUAUUAAAAACACUGGUAUGACGAGUAUGUACAAUACAAGAGUAUAAAUGAGACAGUUAUAUUAAAGAUUACCCACAUAGUAGUAUUUUAAAAAGAAGUAAAAUCUUUAACCCGAUACCUUUGCAAUUACUAUACAAAAUUUUGAAUAGUUUAUGAUAAAAAAGUUAUUAUAUAAAAUUUAAUGAUUCAGGCAUAGUAACUUCUCAAUAAGAUACGACAACAAACAUCACAGAAAGCGCGUUGCAAAAGAGUGUAAUAAACCUAGACGAGCAGGGAGUUCCGAAGGGUAUAUGGUAUACCAAAACAGUUCCCUACAGGAUCGCACCUGAGUUCAAUGCAACAGAAAAAGCGAAAAUUGUAGCCGUCAUGGAUUCUAUUUCGAAGAAUUCUUGUGUUAAAUUUCAAGAAAUACCACAAACAGAAACUAAAACUCAUCAUAUUCGAAUCGUCUCAGGAAUUGGUUGUCACGCACAAGGUGUUGGUCGAGAUCCGUUACGCUACAAGGACUUUCAGAUAGUUUCCUUACAAAAAGAUUUAUGUUUUGAGUUGGUUCCGGGCACCAUUGCACAUGAGUUGUUCCAUAUAUUGGGAUUUACACAUGAAAUAAAGCGACCGGACCGUGACGUAUACGUGAACAUUAUGUGGGAGAAUAUAAAAGACGUGAAUAAAAAUGAAAAACAAUAUGAACGUUCAUCGCAGGAUAGCGUUGAAUUUUUUGAUGCUCCAUAUGAUUACAACUCUAUUAUGCAUUAUAAAUGGUAUUAUGGUACAAUCAGAAGUGACAAACCGACGAUUGUUCCAACUUCGUUUGACCUGCCAUACACACAGAUCGGACAUUUGGAUAAACCUACAGAAAUGGAUUAUCGCAAGUUAAAUCUCUUAUAUGACUGCAGAAACAACGACAAUCCAGUGAGCUCCUGGUCAAAAUGGGGUCCAUGUCUUGCAUGCCCUGAUCAACGUUUCAGAAGAUUUCGUCAACAGUUUUGUUCACAUGAAGAUAUCAGUAAAUGCUGGCCAGACGUUCAGAAACGGGUGAAAACCGAGUCAGAAGAUUGUGAUGUAACGCUUUCUAGGGGUGGACUUCCAAGAACCAAAAUAGGAUCGUGGAACAAAUGGACAACCUGGUCUAUUUGCGACGCAUCUCCCGGAGUAAUUUUUGAAUCACAACACAGAAGACGCGAUUGUCCGGACAAACUAAAGUGUUGGGGCUCUAAUACCCAAUCAAGACCAUGCAGAAACGAUGGAACAGUUCGAGGUCCCGAAGAUUGUACAUUUGAACAGGGCAUUUGCAAAUUCGAAGACGAAAGCACCAGUAAGAAAUACUUUUGGAACAGCAAAAUUGGUAGAGGUGAGGUUCUAAGAGACGGACCUCUAUUUGAUCAUACAACUAUGGGAGACGGGGGUUAUUUCUUAAAAGCAGUUGAUGUUAGUGGAGGAAAGAGUAAAGGGAAAGACAAAGCGAUUCUUUCACUAAAAAGGAAACCAACUCCUGGAGAAACCUGCAUGACAUUUUGGUACUACAUGACUGGAUCAGAAAACCAUUUACUGAAAGUAAAUAUCGAUUCUCUUGGUAAAAAACUUGAAACCUGUAAAACAAGCUUGGAAUUGGGAAUUCCUCCUUAUGGCAGUGAUUGGUGGAUGCCAGGACAAGUAAACUUUGAUUGCGGUACAAAUGCUCACAAGGUGACUUUCACUGCAUCAAAUGGUGGAGAUAAGUUUUCAAAUAUUGCAAUAGACGAUGUUUUUUUCUUGAAUGGUUACCGUGACAUAAAAACAGAAAAUUUACUUUGACAUUCGAGCUGUGUAAAUAUAACAAAUGUAUGUUUCUUUUCCUCGCGCAUGAAACUGCUAAACAGCUAUCUCAAAGAAUAAUGUUGUAAUCAAAUAUUUCUGCUUAGAAGACUUUUGUCAAACUAAUUAUGAAAGUUAAUGGCAAACUUCACAAAUAAUUGUGUUAAGCUAAUGGUAAAUUUCACAAAAUAACCGCGGUGCUGUUAUCUAUUUUAUUCCUGUUUUGUUUUUAAAUAAAACAAAACGUAAAAGCUGCAUCUCACUAUUACAAAGGUGACAAUAGUGAUACACCCAAUGCUGUUGUUUAUUCCACACUUAGGAAAACCAAAGUGCUGUAUGCUACUUGAUCUGUGACCACAAACUAAGCUAGGUUUUAAAAACAAUAAAAACUUAAGACGUCUAGAUGUAGCCACUAAGUUUGCGCACACAUAAAGCUGCUAAAUGGGGCGACCAGCGAUAUGUUUUUUUUUUAAAUAUUUUUUUAGGCAAACAAUUACGAAAAUGUGACGGUUCACGGUUUAUAAGCAUAUCAAAUUCAAACAGGGCCUGUCAUUAUUCUUUUUUCUUCUAUUGUUUUUCAUUUAUUUAUCUAUUUAGAUCUUGCCUUACCAACAAACAAACCAGAUUCUUAUAAAAGCGUAAUACAUUGCAACCAAAAUAAACAGGGGGCGAGUUGUUUCCGAACAAAUGUUAUUGCUAAACAAAGGAAAACGAGGGAAAUGGUUGGAUAGGGAAGCUUUAAAUAAAG